AUGAACGAUAUCAUGGGUGAGGCAUCCGGUUCGAUUUCGUCGAGCGGCGCUGCUGCUAAUUCCGUCAACUCUAACAGCCCUAUCGCGACUAAUAGCAAUGGAAGCAAUGGUAACAACAAUAACGGAAAAGCGUCAGCUGUCGCUGCUACGGUCGCCGCGAAUGGAGGCGAAAGAAUCAGCGCAGCGGUUACCAAAGUUCUUCAGGGAUACGAUUGGACCCUUGUACCUGUCGCUACCAAGGGUUCUGGUGAUAAAAGAGCGGCCCACGUGAAGAGACCUAUGAACGCGUUUAUGGUGUGGGCUCAAGCUGCAAGGAGAAUACUCGCCGAUCAGUACCCGCAGCUUCACAACGCGGAACUGUCGAAAACGCUGGGCAAACUUUGGCGGUUGCUGUCCGACAGCGACAAGAAACCUUUUAUCGAAGAAGCCGAUCGUCUCCGCGUGAUCCACAAGCGCGAGCAUCCGGACUACAAGUACCAACCCCGUCGUCGAAAGCAGAAUGGGCCGUCGGGUCGAGAAGGAUCGCCGUCGAGGAACCAAAGCAACGUGACCUUCAACGUGUCCAGGUCGUUGAAGCAAGAGGACGCGAGUCCUAGGGGCACACAGGGACCGAACUCGCCUCAGAGCGGAGUUAGUUCUUCUCCCCCGACUACCCCUAAUCAAGGAUUGUCACCCCCGACCCCUCCCACUACCCCGCGCGGACAACAUUACGCGAAUCAGGGAAAUCAGCCGCAGCCAAAUAGUACGAUGUAUCAGCAAGACUUGGCGAUUGGUUCGUCGAGCGACUCACCGCAUCAACAUCAACCAGGAGUCGACUUCAGGUACAUCGAAGUUGGAGAUGGUUUACCAAUCGAGGAGGGUCAAUUGAACGGUCUUGGGUCUCUGGGCGGCGUUGGUUUGAACCUUCCGUUGAACCUUCAAGAAUGCGAAGUCGAGAGCAACGAGUUGGACCAGUACCUUCGGCCUCAGGUGCCGGCGGUACACGUAGCCGCACCAACGACCACCUCCUCUCAAUGGAUAUUCAACAGAUACGAGGAGGAGAUCGAGAGACCGAACAAGCGACACUGCUCGGAACAACCGAUCGCCGAGACGUCUUGGGAAGACAGAGCGCAGGCGGACAUUGUCAGAUACCACGAGCUUCAGCCACCACUUCCUCCUAUGCAGUACAUAUCCUCUUCCCAUAAUCCACACUAUUCGCACACGACUACGCAGAUGAGCCAUCCGCACGUGUCCACGUCCUACGCGCAAUACCAACGUUACGUACCUGGUAUCGAAACUUGGCCCCAUUACAUGUAGGAACAAAGAGAACAGCGCGAUACGCACGCACGUCGUCGCCUAAUCGACAUUUUUCCGGAGACCAUUCUUUGGGAACUUAAAUGGUAAAUCGUGUCCCCAUUUACGAACUAACUAUAUUAUUAAGUUUUCUCAAGGUUACAUAUUUUAUUGCUGACUUUUCCAAGCGUGUCUGUAUGUGUGUAUGUAUGUGCACGAGUGUGUUUGAGGUAUGCAUGGUGCGUACCUAUGUGCGUACGCGUACACUGCGUCUUAUAAUUAUAAAAUCACAGGAACAAUUUCAAUUGAUCGUUUAAAUUUCGACACACUCUCUUCACGUUCUAAAAAUCGACAAAGUCAAAUAAAUGGGAUCGAAUGUUCUAUUGUUAUUGAAUAUUACGCGAAAAGUAGAAAAGUUAUCGUUCGCAGCGGUUACAAAUUGAUAGUAUUUUGUGAUAAUAGGUAUGUGUGGGCGGGUGAAAUUUCAAUCACGACGAGAGUUAACCACGACAUAUAAAAAUUGAAAAUGUUUAAAUGAUGUUAUCAUUACGAUGUAGUGUGGUGUGUUUGUAUGGGUGUGCGCGCGUGUUGCGUUCGAGCUCGAGAGCGGAAACUGGAUCGCGUGAAGUCGAAUUAAUUAGAAGUUUCCGCGUUUCAAGUUGAACACGUUUCGCGAUCGUUGGACGUUUGGAGGACAUAGAGAUGUUACGGCGCGCACAGCCACGAUCUUACUCCAUGACAUCAUUCCAUGACAGUCGGCCAUUCCAAAGCGCAGAAUUUCAGGCUAAACAAACAGCUCGCUCGAUACGGUGGCCUGCCGCGCGAUCUAAAUAUAAUAAUAAUAUAUAAGGCUCGAAGUGUAAACCGGCCGCUGCGCUGGCGAGUGCGAUUCGGUUGCGUAUCGAAGCUGCCACGCUCUUCAAAUAAACCUGCGAAAUUCGAUCGGUCGUAGUUGGAUCGCCAAAGUCACGCGACAUGGCUGUACCACGUCCACGUGGACGUCCACUCUGCGAAUUUCGAGUCCGAAGCUGCGUCAGGCAGAGCUGCUGGAUUUCUCGAGAAAGGAAGACUUGGUUAAAAUGUCCUGUCUAUCAUUUUGAAAGCGAAGAAAAUCGAAAUCUUAUUAUUUCUGCGAUGUUUGCUUCUUUUCAUUCGAUUUAAAAUACCUAGGCAUUGUUUCGUAACAGUCUAUAAUUAUCAUACGUAAGUAUACGAAGAGAUAAUGUACUAUUAACGUAGCAAUUAAUUAAAUGCUUCAGAUAGUAGCAAAGACGUAGUAGCAGUGACAUACGCUCAACAUACAUUUAGAUACGUUUCGUACAAAAUUACCAGGUGAUCCGAUACUUGCGAACAGGGAUGCGCAUACUUUUUUUUUUUUUUUUUUAAUAAUGUUUAUUAACCAGAUAAUAAGUAAUACACGUGUAUGAUAUUCACAAUAAACGGUGAAUUGUUGUUGAGGGAUGUUUUAGGCAAAAGUACCGAUACGUGACGGUACGACAUAGCCAUACAAUAUUUGUGUGUCGGGGUUACAUUUUUUUCUUUGGUGUUGCAAAUACUGUUUACGAUAAAAUGACUUAAACGUUAUAGGCAAUGAUAUAAUAAUAUAAGCAAAGCGUUAUAAACGAAUAAAAUUAUUUGACAAGCAAUUAGGGCAAAUAAAUCAGACUGUUUCUAUAUCUCUAGAAGAGACACAGAGUUUCGUAACUUUACUUUAAAAGAUAAAAGAUACGUUUUAAGAGAAUUUCGAGCACGUUAACGUAUGUUGAAAAAUGGGGAAAAAUGCUAGAUAAGACAUUUUAACUGACGAUGAAUUGAGAAGAGGGAAAGGUUGCAAGUUCGAUGGGUUCGUGUCGAGCGAUGAUCGACGAGACAAGGAUCGAAGCACGCGAUCGUCGCGGUAAUUAACGCUGGUAUUAACGCCGUAUUCGUUAUGCUACCCCGAUAGCCGUGCUUUUGUACUUACAUUUAUCGUUAGACAUACAUGUAUUUAUCGCGCCGCCUAUAAGAAGCGCGAAAAGCGUAGAGCGUGUAGAAACAUUUGACGCGCGAGCGUUCGAAAAGUUAAUUUAUAAGUACGACGGUAUAUUCUAAGGUUUGUCGGAAUAAAGAAAAGAAAAAAAAGAAA